GUAACAGCAGGUAACAACCAGCCUCGAGGCAAAGGGACCACUUCAUGGAAAUUCCAACCGAUAAGUGUAGUUGGCCAAUGCCAAGAUACAGCUUUCCUGGAGAACUUAUGCACGGUCGAGAAGCGCUUGUGUACACAGAGUACGCACCAGGGCGACCAGAGCAUUGGUUCGUCGUACCCAAGAUAAGGAGCGCGCGCGAGCGGGCAAAAACACGCCGCAGUGAGAGUGAUGCGUGUGAUUCACGAGACACCGGCGGCGGCGGCGGCUGCGACUCCCUAUCUUCUGCCCCCUGACAACAUGGUACGCGUGUCUUCUCCCGGAGGUGAUGAUAGUUUCCGUCAUCCCGAUCGUCAUGUAAACGGGUGGUAAACAAACGUAGCCACAGACCGAUAAGCUGUCAAUGAUAAGCGAGCGCGAGCUUCGUCCUCUUGGCGGCUCAGGCAGCGGGAGGAGGCACGUGGAUGGGGAUUGUGCUCAAUCCUGACCUGGCCCUGGCAACUAGAAAUUGGUGAGAGGCGGACGGAACAGUGGGAAAUGAUGAUUGAGAUUGGUUCGAAAUAUUAAUAAGUUUUAGGGGACAUUUAGGUGAACCGAGUCUUUCUACACUACGAGGACAGUUCUAACUCCAACUAUGAUGCGCUACGCCCACUUUCAUCGCCAUGGUGGGCAUGGAAACCGGUACCAGUAACCGGUGCAAGAGCGACGUAAUUGAACUGUGCUGCUUGUGUAUUGACCGGGCAGAACCCUUUGCAUUUAUUCCCACCCGUCCCCAAACAAUGCCACCCGUUCUAGAACCGGCCCGGGACGUAGGACGUCAUGCAAACCGGGUCGAUUCCUCGUCGAUGUUGUCGCGCAGCAGCAUCUUCGCUUCAUCUAAGUAAACAGCAACAUGCUCAUCUUUCCUACGCUCGAUCAUUCGAUCGUCGCCACGGUAGUAUUGGUGCGCGUGCAGCGAGAGAUGACGCCUAGAGCCGGGCCUGUUACAAGUGCACCAUUACAUGCGGGCUAGACUCGUCUGCGCGAUAUCUCGUUUCAUUCUCGUUCUGGUUCGUUCGCGCUCGCUCGCACUCACGCGCCUUCCCUAGCCCUGGCUGUGCUCGUGCAAGCGAGAUAGUGUGGCCGGUCCUCUGAGGUCGUGAGCCUUGAGUGGUGGCACUAUCGCCGUCGUCCAGCUUGUGCGAUCCAGCUAUUCGUUUGGAACAGUGCGUCCGGUGCAGUUGUGUUUUGCCUUGUUGUGUUGUGCAGCCCUUUGCUCGCAGGAACGAAAGUAGUGUAGUUCAGUUGAAAGGCAUUUCUCUCACACAAACAGCUCCCAAAAUGCCAGUUGAUAUUAAGCGUGUGCUAGUGUGCGAUGCCGUUGACAAUGCGUGCGUCAAGCUGCUGCAAGACCAUGGCAUUCAAGUUGACUACAAGCUGAAGCUGUCACAGGAUGAGCUGAUUAAGGAGGUUAAGAAUUAUGAUGCUCUCAUCGUGCGGUCGGACACGAAAAUUACGGCCGAGAUUUUGGACGCGGGCGCCGGCCGGGUGAAGGCGGUCGGACGUGCCGGUGCCGGCGUGGACAACAUCAACAUCGAAGCAGCGACGCGAAACAACGUGCUGGUGCUGAACACUCCCGGAGGCAAUUCGAUUUCGGCGUGCGAGCUGACGUGCUUCCUGAUCGGGGCGCUGGCCCGCCCCAUCUGCCCGGCGGCCACCAGCAUGAAGGAGGGCCGCUGGGACCGGAAGCUGUACUCCGGCUCGGAGCUGUACGGCAAGACGCUCGCCAUCCUCGGGCUCGGUCGCAUCGGGCGCGAGGUCGGCGUACGCAUGAACGCGUUCGGGAUGCGCGUGAUCGGGUUCGAUCCGAUUACGACGGCCGAGGAGGCGAAGGCGGCCGGCAUCGAGAAGAUGGAGCUGGAGCAGAUCUGGCCGCUGGCCGACUACAUCACCGUCCACACGCCGCUCAUUCCUGCCACACGCAAUUUGAUCUCAACCGCUACCCUUGCCAAGUGCCGGAAGGGCGUGCGGGUGGUUAACGUCGCCCGGGGCGGCAUCAUCGAUGAGGCCGCCCUGGUGACGGCCCUCGAGAGUGGCCAGUGUGGUGGGGCCGCCGUCGACGUGUACCCGGAGGAGCCCCCGAAAUCGGACACCACUCGGAAGCUCAUCAAUCACCCGAAGGUGGUCGCAACGCCUCACCUGGGUGCCAGUACGUCCGAGGCGCAGGUGCGCGUCGCCGUCGAGGUAGCGGAACAAUUCAUCGCCCUGACGGGCAAAUCGACCGUCUACACGCAGUACGCCGGUGUCGUGAAUCGGGACGUGUUGAAGAAUGUGUUUUAAAUCGAAUCGAACCGAGGCGGCAACUUUGUUACAAAAGCCGGCUAUUUUCGGCAAGCCCGCGGACGCCAAAUCAAUCAUUCCCACGUUGUCGAUGCCGGUGUUGUGACGUCAUCGGUUGCGGCUGCCGCACAUUGGCGCUACACUGCUGCUGCUGCUGCUGCUGUUCCGCCAAUUACUAAUGAAAUCGACCGCAGGGCCGGGAAAUUUGACACCAAACUUCGAGGAAAAGUUGACAAAUGGGAAAGAGGACACACACACACACACAAAGCGACAAAAAUUGUAACCAUAAGGGCACACAUUACGAACAUAUACAGAAAAAAGAGAGAGCUUUUUUUGUACGCCGUCAUGGGAAAGGAUCCUAUUGCUUGGCUAAGCGGAAAUAGACAGGAACACAUAAGUAAAAAAUAAAAAAAGUAAUAUCCUAA